UGUUCAUGGGUUACAAUGGGCGACAUUCUCAGCAACUGUGAUCUCUUCAAGAAGCUGGGGAUCGACAGCUCCAAUCAAUGGCUUCUAUACGACGAAAAGCUGGAGAAGUUCUUCAAAUAUCUGUCUGUGAGUAUUACGGAUGACAACAUCCUGACAGAGCUGGAGGUACUGGAGCGCGAUGAAAUGCAGCAGCGUGCAAAGUGGCUAAAAGGAUCGGAACUGCAAAUGAAGCAGCAGGAGAUCGAAGCAGACAAUCCUGGCCUGCUCACCCACACGCAGCAGGAUGUGGACGCACUGACGGCGAUGAGUGCAGCGAUUCAAGAGGCAACCACCGAUUAUGCCAGACUAAUUGAGAACAUGGUCAACUCCAAGCACUCCAUAAAUAAUAACCUUAGCGAGUUGGAAUGUGCAGCUGCCGCACUGCAAACCACUGAAAAGAGUCUGUUGAGCGAGUGCCAAGAGAAAGCCAAGCAACUGGAGGAGCUGCAGGCUGAGACCUGCAAGCUGAGCAGCGAGGCCAAGAAGGCGUUCAUAUCCCAGCCGAUGCCGGCGCUCUUUAUGCACCAACUGCCGCUGGAGCAGUACUUCCUCAAGUGCGACUCCUUCAUGCAGUAUUUCACGCUCUACAUCAAGGAGAACUUCAAGAUACAGGAGGCAAACGAGUUCAAGACCGCCGAAGUCAAUAUGCUGCAUGAGAAGGGCAAGUUGGAGAGCCUAGAGCGGGGCAUUCAGUAUUAUGCACUUGCCUUCAUUAAGAAGAAGGCCAAGGCCAAGGCCACUCAGGCCAUCAUAGACCAUUUGGAUCUGGGGCAGAUCCAUUGCCUCAGCGCAGCAGAGAUGGUGCGGGAAACGCACGAGCUGCAGCUGCUCAACGAACACCAUCUGAAGAACAUCCACGACACACUCAUGAACGACGUCUGCAGCCUCGUCCAGCAGCACACCGAGCAGCGCAUCGAGCUGGUUCUCUAUGAAAACACAAAGGAAAAGUUGCAGCGGGCACUGCGACGGCGCGAAAGCGACCAGCAGCUGACCAAAAUCAUAUCCGAUGCCCUGUCCAAUGCGGAGCUCGUUUGGAUCAUCAUCCAGUUGGACUUGGAGAAGAAGCGCAACUCGCUGGACACCUCGGAGGCGCUGUGCAGCCAGGCCCAGGCCUCGUGGCAGCGUGUGCAGGCAAUGCGCUCGAUUAAUAGCAGCCAUCAAGGCAUCUGUUCGCAAUUCUUGCAGGAUAUAGCCAGCCAGCUGUCGGCACAUCUGGGCCACAACAUACGCGCCGGCGAGGCCAAGAGCUGCCUCUACGAGUACGAAAAGUUUGGCCGUCUGCUGUCGUACGCUUUCCAGAGCAUGCUCAACCGAAAGUCCACUGUCACGGCCCAGGAUCAGCUGGCAGAACUCAAGCGACUGGAGCACACGCUGAGCCCCUUUGUCUACGAUUCGCCCGUGAAGCAGCCCAUGCUGGACAAGGUUCGCUUCUUGUAUCCCAUCUACAGAGUCGCCCAGGAGCAGACUCGUCUCGAUGAGAUGAUGCGACAUCUGCGCACGGAGUUCCAGGAGAACAUUGUGGGGCGCAUGGAGCGGGACAAGCUUUGGCGUUACAAAAUGCUUCUAUGGAUCUGGUUCCUCAGGGAGCCGCAGCGCAUGCUCUACGCCAUCGAUGAGGUGAAGAAGGCAGCGGCCAAGGUGCCCGCCUUAACCACCAGCAUGCGUCGUCCCGGCGGUGGGCUGCAACGCAAAUGAUAAAUGAUAAAAGCUGAAUUCGAUCAAUGCAAGUUUUAUG